ACCGCCCACGCACGUGUUGCUUCUACAGGAAGGCCAGCUUUAUCUCUUUGUUCAGCUUCCCACAACGGUCGUGUCGACAUCCCCGUUCAACAUGUCGCUUGGUCAAUUAUCCUCAAACAUCGUCCACCAUGUAUUCUCGACGGUAAAUGGUGCAUUUGCCUGGCCACCAUCAUCGAAAGUAGCCGGCACUGCUUUCUUCACUGCCGCUCAGGUUCUGGCGUUUUACCUCUUUGCAACAGUGGACAAUUUCAGCUUUCCGAUAACUACGAGCUACCUUUCCCUACGCGGGCGCGUCCAAGUAGAGAACCCGGACAUCCAGCUCAUUGAACAGAUAUUUUUCAACGCGUUACUUCGGACGGAGCUGGCAAUCGACGACAGAAUUCGAGGAAAUCGAGAUCGCCCUGAACGUCAUACUCAUUAUCACAAUAUGAGAGACAUAAUCCCAUGCCCCCCCUGCUCCGGCUAUCCCCGUCUUGGGAUAUUCCCAUGCUAUCCACUCUUUAUCAGGUUGAUCAAACCCACGCUUCAGUUCGGCUAUCAACUAUACAGAUCCGUCAAAGAUCUUGUUUUCAAUUAUUUUGAGGUAGAGAGCACAGGGAGAAUCGACGACAUCGCGGUGUUUGACCUUGGCCAGAUCAUAGGUGCAGGAUUUAUCGAAGGGCCACGGCAUGGUGCGGCGCUGCAAUGGCUCUUGUCGGACGCCUUGGUCUGGCGUUGGCAAGCCAAAGGCAAGAGGCUGUUUUUUGAUAUCAAAAUCAAUGACCUUCCCGCGAAUUCCCUUCGAGUGGUUUUUCGUGGAGGAAGGGUCGAGAGAUUCGACAACUAAUUAUCAAAA